UAUGAGUGGCAAGCGGAGUUAUGGCAUCAAAAAGAAGUUAUCCUAGUGGGGUGGAAAAACGUAAGAGGAAGAAAACGGAGGAAGAAAGACAGUCAAAGGAUAAAGAGACUUCUUAAAGACAUAACUCUGGAGGAGCACAGGAGCUCACCUCCCAACUCCUGGAGAAGCAGCUGCGGCGCUACCUUUUAAUACCUUGGUGAUGCAUCAGCACAGGCAUGGUGCCCCACCUUCUGCUGGACUGGGGGUACCGUGGUGUACUUGUAAUGUAGCCAUGCCUACAGACCAGGAAAGGAAAUGCUGUGGCCAGGAGCCAGCAAACUGUCUGUUCAGUAAGCUAAUCUCUUACAAGUAGAGGGGACAGCUGCCAUUCCACAGACUGGGACAGAGUAAGAGAGGGAGCUCAGUCAAACUGUAUGAGAGCGAUGACUGAGACAAGUUCAGAAGGGUUGUAAAUGAGUGGAAUGAGAUCUAGGCAACAGGACUACCAUAUUUUGUAAAAAACUUCAACAGACCCUCCAAUUCAAAGUAAAUUUGGCACACAUACUCUGGCGACCACAAUGGCAGACAGCAGCAGUCCUCCAUUGUCAUCCUACAUCAUGGAUGAGGAAACUCUGAAGAGAAAACAGAAGGAGAAGCUGAAGAAGCUGAUGGCUACAGGAGGCAACCCAAGGCCUGCACGCUCUCUCCUUUUCUUGACACUGAGGAAUCCCUUCCGCAAGGCAUGCAUUAGUAUUGUGGAGUGGAAACCUUUUGAAAUCAUAAUCCUAUUGGCCAUUUUUGCCAACUGUGUGGCCCUGGCUGUGUACUUGCCAAUGCCUGAAGAGGACAGCAACAACACCAACAGCAACUUGGAAAGCCUGGAGUAUAUCUUCCUUAUCAUCUUCUCUAUCGAGUGCUUCCUGAAGAUUGUUGCCUAUGGAUUUCUUUUUCAUGCGGAUGCAUACUUAAGAAACUGCUGGAACAUAUUGGACUUUGUUUGUGUAUCUGUUGGGUUGUUCACUGUGGUUGUGGAUGCUAUUAACCACAUAAGUGGCGUGGAAGGUCCAGUGGGAGAAAAAGGUGGUGGCUUCGACAUGAAAGCUCUGCGUGCAUUCAGAGUCCUCCGACCACUCAGACUGGUCUCUGGAGUCCCCAGCUUGCAAGUGGUGAUGAACUCCAUUCUGAAGUCCAUGCUGCCACUGUUUCACAUCACCUUAUUGGUCCUUUUCAUGGUUACCAUUUACUCCAUUAUGGGACUGGAGCUCUUCAAGUGCAAAAUGCACAAGACCUGCUACCACACUGGCACAAACAUUAUUGCAACAGUGGAGAACGAGAAGCCGGCUCCAUGUGCUCAAGCGGGGAAUGGGCGUCGAUGUACCAUCAAUGGCACAGAGUGUCGCUCUGGCUGGCCAGGCCCAAACAAUGGAAUCACCCACUUUGACAAUCUGGGCUUUUCCAUGCUGACUGUCUACCAGUGUAUCACCACACAAGGGUGGACCGAUGUCCUCUACUGGGUAAAUGAUGCUAUAGGAAUGGAGUGGCCAUGGAUCUUUUUCACCACACUCAUCCUGGUUGGUUCCUUCUUCGUGCUCAACCUGGUUCUUGGCGUGCUCAGUGGUGAGUUCACAAAAGAGCGAGAGAAGGCCAAGUCCCGUGGAGAGUUUCAGAAGCUAAGAGAAACCCAGCAGCUAGAUGAGGACCUCAAAGGCUACAUGGAGUGGAUCACUCAGGCUGAGGUCAUGGACAAUGACCAGGAGGGACAGGGCCUUCUCCCCUUGGAAAAUGGAGGAUCACAGACUGGAAGUGUCAGCAACAUGGACACAAUGCAGCGGAUUAUCUAUUACUAUAAGCUGGCUCGUAAGUGGAAUCGUUGGUUGCGACGUAAAUGCAGAGUGUAUGUGAAGUCCAAACUGUUCUACUGGUGGGUGAUCAUGCUCGUCUUCUUCAAUACGCUGGCAAUUGCAACAGAACAUCACAGGCAGUCUCAGAGACUCACAGACUGGCAAGACAAUGCCAAUAAGCUGCUGCUGUCUAUGUUUGCCCUUGAGAUGUUCAUGAAGAUGUAUGCUCUAGGCUUGCCCUCUUAUUUCAUGUCCCUCUUCAAUCGCUUUGACUGCUUUGUGGUGUCCACGGGCAUUAUGGAGCUAAUUCUAGUACGCACGGGCAUCAUGUCAGUCAUGGGUAUCUCUGUGCUGCGCUGCAUACGACUGCUCCGCUUGCUCAAAGUCACCAGAUACUGGACAUCUCUCAGUAAUCUGGUGGCUUCCCUCUUGAACUCAGUCCGUUCCAUUGCCUGCUUGCUGCUGCUCCUCUUCCUUUUCAUUGUCAUCUUUUCCCUGCUGGGUAUGCAGGUGUUUGGAGGGAAGUUCAACUUUCCCAACCAACCAAAACCUCGCAGCACCUUUGACAGCUUCCCUCAGGCCCUUAUCACUGUGUUCCAGAUCCUGACAGGAGAGGACUGGAAUGCUGUCAUGUACGAUGGCAUUAUGGCUCAUGGAGGACCCAGCAUGCCUGGAAUCUUGGUCAGCAUCUACUUCAUCAUCCUCUUUGUCUGUGGAAAUUUCAUCCUUCUAAACGUCUUUCUGGCCAUUGCUGUUGAUAAUUUGGCAGAGGCUGAGUCUUUGACUUUAGCCCAAAAAGAGAAAGCGGAGGAGAAAAAACGCAAGAAAGCACUCCGGGCUAACAUGCCUGACAAAGCAACAGAGGAGAAAGCAAAUCUAGCAAAGAAGUUGGCUGAGCAAAGGGCCAAGGGCAUAGAGGGCAUCCCUACUACUGCAAAGCUCAAAAUUGAUGAGUUUGAGUCUAAUGUCAAUGAGAUUAAAGACCCUUUCCCUCCAGCAGACUUUCCUGGUGAUGAUGAGGAGGAGGACCCUGAGAUCCCAGAAAGUCCCAGACCUCGUCCAAUGGCAGACCUGCAGUUGAAGGAGGAAGCAGUACCAAUGCCAGAAGCCAGUUCAUUUUUUAUCUUUGGACCGCAAAACAAGUUCCGGAAGCUCUGCCAUCGUAUCAUCAAUGCAACUACUUUCACCAACAUCAUCCUCCUCUUCAUCCUGCUGUCAUCUAUUUCUUUAGCUGCUGAGGAUCCCAUUGAUCCCAUGUCUUUCAGGAACCAGGUGUUGGCCUAUGCUGAUAUAGUCUUCACUUCAGUGUUCACAGCGGAAAUUGUGCUCAAGAUGACGACAUAUGGUGCCAUUCUUCACAAAGGGUCUUUCUGCAGGAACUCUUUCAACAUCUUGGAUCUUCUGGUGGUCAGUGUGUCUCUCCUCUCAAUGGGCAUGGAAUCCAGUGCUAUCUCAGUGGUGAAGAUUCUUAGGGUGUUAAGGGUAUUGCGGCCCCUGAGGGCCAUCAACAGAGCCAAAGGACUCAAGCAUGUAGUCCAAUGUGUGUUUGUUGCUGUCAAGACCAUUGGAAAUAUUGUACUGGUCACCAUGCUACUGGACUUCAUGUUUGCUUGCAUUGGAGUCCAACUUUUCAAGGGCAAGUUCUAUUCCUGCACAGAUCCUGACAAAAUGACUGAAGAAGCAUGCAAAGGCUGGUAUAUAAAGUACCAGGAAGGAGCACUUCAUGAAAUGGAGGUCCGUAAGAGGCAAUGGACCAACUCAGAACUAAACUUUGACAACAUCUUCAAUGGCAUGCUGACUCUCUUCACAAUUUCUACUUUUGAAGGAUGGCCAAAGAUACUAUAUAAAGCCAUCGAUUCAAACUCAGAGGAUAAGGGCCCUGUGUACAACAACCGGGUGGCCAUCUCAAUCUUCUAUAUCAUCUACCUCAUCCUUAUUGCCUUCUUCAUGAUGAACAUAUUUGUGGGCUUCGUCAUUGUUACCUUCCAGGAGCAAGGAGAACAGGAGUAUAAGAACUGUGAGCUGGACAAAAACCAGCGCCAGUGUGUGCAGUAUGCACUUAAGGCCCGACCACUGCGAUGUUAUAUUCCCAAGAACCCCUACCAGUAUCAGGUGUGGUACAUCGUCACCUCCUGCUACUUUGAGUACCUUAUGUUCCUCCUUAUUAUGCUCAACACCAUGUGUCUGGGAAUGCAGCACUGCAACCAGUCAGACCAUGUUACCCACCUGUCUGACAUGCUGAACGUGAUUUUCACAGUGCUCUUUACUGUGGAGAUGAUCCUUAAACUCAUGGCCUUCAAAGCCAAGGGUUAUUUUGGAGACCCCUGGAACGUCUUUGACUUUGUCAUCGUCAUUGGAAGUGUUGUGGAUGUGAUGCUGAGCGAAAUUGAUGCGGCACUGGCCUCCUCAGGAGGACUUUACUGUCUCCAUGGCUGCGCUGCAGUGGAUCCCAUGCAAGCUAUUGCGUCCUCUGAGAAUAUGAGUGUAUCAAUCACAUUCUUCAGACUGUUUCGUGUCAUGCGUCUGGUGAAACUUUUGAAUCGAUCUGAGGGGAUACGGAAUCUUCUGUGGACCUUCAUCAAGUCCCUUCAGGCUCUUCCCUAUGUGGCCCUGCUCAUUCUCAUGCUAUUCUUCAUAUAUGCUGUGGUGGGAAUGCAGAUAUUUGGUAAAAUUGCAUUGGUUGACGGCACACACAUCAACAGGAACAAUAACUUCCAGACAUUCCCACAGGCUGUGUUGCUGUUAUUCAGAUGUGCUACAGGAGAGGCCUGGCAUGAAGUGAUGUUAGCGUGUAUGUAUGGGAAGAGGUGUGACCCCAAGUCGGACUACCUGCCCGGGGAAGAGUACACGUGUGGAUCCAACUUUGCCAUCAUCUACUUCAUGAGCUUCUACAUGCUCUGUGCCUUUCUGAUCAUCAACCUCUUUGUGGCUGUCAUCAUGGACAACUUUGACUACUUGACACGUGACUGGUCCAUCCUUGGCCCCCAGCACUUGGAUGAGUUCAAAAAAAUCUGGGCUGAAUAUGACCCAGAGGCUACUGGGCGUAUUAAGCACCUUGAUGUGGUGACACUCCUACGGAGAAUACCUCCUCCUCUGGGAUUUGGCAAGUUUUGUCCUCAUCGUAUUGCCUGCAAGAGGUUGGUCUCCAUGAAUAUGCCUCUCAACAGUGAUGGAACAGUGACCUUCAAUGCCACGCUGUUCGCCCUGGUUAGAACUGCGUUGAAAAUAAAGACAGAAGGUAAUUUUGAAAAAGCCAAUGAGGAGCUGAGGGGAAUUAUCAAGAAGAUCUGGAAGCGUACUAGUAUGAAACUACUGGAUCAAGUCAUCCCACCUAUUGGAGAUGAUGAGGUGACAGUGGGAAAGUUCUACGCCACCUUCCUAAUCCAGGAUUAUUUCAGGAAAUUGAAGAAGAGACAGGAAGAGUACUAUGGCUACCGGCCCACCAAGAAAAGUGCUACGCAUGAAAUACAGGCAAGACUAAGGAACAUUGAGGAAGAGACAGCUCCAGAGCUCCAUAGGACCAUCUCUGGAGACCUAACAACUGAGGAAGAGUUGGACCGAGCUGCUGAUGAAGCUGCUGCGGACAGCAUCUUCAGGAGACAAGGUAGUCUUUUUGGAAACCACACCGACCCUUUUUCUGUUGAGGGUGAGAUUGCCAAUGCCCACCAGGCCACCAGCCAGCGCCCCCUGCAGAUGGCAGAGGGAGUCAUUAACAACAAUAUUAACACCAACAGUACCACAAGUCACAGUCUUUAUUAACAGAGUUGGCAUCUGACCAAUGACGCAGAGUACUUCAAAGCCAUGACCUUUGACUUCAGCAACAUGGAGACUGUAAGAGCAAUCUUAGCAGACAUGAAGGACACCAGCCUUCUUUCAUACAGUAUAGAGGGUUAGGCUUAGGAUCAGGGGGAAUAACUCUGUUAACCAUUUAUACUGUAUACUAAAACAUACAAUACCACAAAACACUGCCUGCUACAGAAAUUAAAAAAAAAAAAAAAAAAAAUCAAUACAAGGCUGAUGUGAACUUUUUAAACAGGCUGUGCUGUGUUUACAAAACUCAAAACACAAAAAGAAUGCAAAUUUUCCCUUAGACCUUUAAACCCAUCCUGCGGUAUUUUGAUCUGUUGAUUCACAUAAAAGGUGGAUUAAUAAUUUUUAUGCCACUUGGAGACACUGGAACAAGCUGUAAACACAGUAUUGACAUAUUUUCAUUUUGAGUUGUGUCUCUGUCUGUGGAAUAAAUUAUUUACUGUAAUAUUAUUGGACAAAAAUCUGUUCUGUUAAUUCGUUAGUAUGAGGUUUAUUAAGACAAAUGCCCCUGGACAGAUGAGAAAUUGUGUCUCAGCUGUCUCUGCUGACUGCAGAGAGGAUGUUGUAGGUACAGGGUGAAAUGACUAAGUAGCAGAGUAAAGUAGUAUAGCGCAAUUAAAACUUUCUCUCAUAUUCACCCAUCAUGAUAUAGCCACUAUUAGGCUGUGGGUGGAUCAUCCAUCCUCACACAGUGGUUAUAAACAUAUGAAUGAAACCAAGAGGUAAAGAUCAACAGAAGGUAGGUUGUCACAAGGCCAAAUACCACACUCACCACUAGGUGACUAGUGGUGACUCAGUGGUGACUAGAAAUGGUUAAAAGACUUAAUGUGGCUAAUUGUAUGAUCAUAUUUAUGCCAAAAAUAAAUGAAUAAAUAAACACAAUCAGAACAAUCAGAUUAAGCCACAUAAAAUCAAACAAAUAUCAGACUGAUUACAAUAUGAAUAAAUAUGAUGCCUGUGAAUAUUCUGAAUAUGACAACAUCAUAAAAACAAAGUGGUAAUUAAUAAACUGAUUAAUGACUGAUUCACUGAAUAUGAUCAUAUAAGAAAACCAGAACUACUACAAAAUCAUCAAAAUAACAAUUAUGAAGAUGAAGAAAUGACCACAGAACAUUUUAGUUGUUUUCUGAAAUGUUUCUUACAGCAGCAGAACAUAGUUCUGUUAGUGUUUGGGCUCCAACCACAUCAUCACUCCCCACAAAUACGUUUACAAAGAGAUAUUGAGGAGUGUAUAAUAAUAAUAAUAAUAAAAACACAUCUCCGAUCCCCCUGCAGACUGCAGAUGGA